UCGUCAAGAGCUACCAUCUCGCCAUGGAGCCCAUUACUCUAGCGCUGACCGGAUUUAUAUUCGUAGUGUCGAUUGUGUACCUGUUUGUGCGCAGCAAGCACAACUUUUGGAAGGACCAGGGCGUACCGUACGCACCGAAUCCUCACUUUUUUUACGGACACGUGAAGGGACAAUCCCGUACGAGACAUGGGGCCGACAUUAACCAGGGGCUUUACAACCACUUCAAGCAACGUGGAGUACCGUACGGUGGCAUAAGCCUUUUCGUAAUGCCGUCACUGAUCGUGGUUGACCCGGAACUGGUGAAAACUAUCCUGGUGAAGGACUUUAACGUGUUUCACGAUCGUGGUGUGUAUUCGAACCCGAAAGAUGAUCCAUUUACCGGAAAUUUAUUCGGUUUGGAGGGUAAUCCGUGGCGUUUGUUGCGUCAGAAGCUUACGCCCACCUUCACAUCCGGCCGGAUGAAGCAAAUGUUUGGCACGAUUUGGGAUGUGGCGCUCGAGUUGGAAAAGUAUAUGGAAGCGAACUACAACCAGCCGGAGAUCGAGAUGAAGGAUGUGUUGGGUCGGUUUACGACCGAUGUGAUCGGUACGUGUGCGUUCGGAAUCGAGUGUAAUACGCUCCGGACACCAGACUCGGAGUUUCGCAAAUACGGCAACAAAGCGUUCGAGUUGGAUCCCGUAACUUUGACGAAGUUUUUCUUCGCGUCCUCGUACCCGCAGUUGGCGAGAAAGCUGCACGUUCGCACUACUCAGCAAGAUGUGGAAGACUUUUUCAUGAAAAUUGUGCGCGAAACGGUGGACUAUCGCGAGAUGAACAAUGUGCAGCGGAACGAUUUUAUGAACUUGCUGCUGCAGAUCAAGAACAAGGGCAAGCUGGACGAUCAUGGCCCGAUUGUUGGGAAGGGUGAAGUUGGCCUAACGCACAAUGAACUGGCUGCACAGGUGCUUAUCUUCUUCCUGGCCGGGUUCGAAACGUCCUCCACAACGUUGAGCUUCUGUCUGUACGAGCUGGCAAAGAAUCCGGGCAUACAGGACCGGCUUCGUGACGAGAUCACCCGUGCAAUAGAUGAUAAUGGAGGCGAAGUGACGUACGAUAUCGCUAUGAAUAUACAGUAUUUGGAUAACGUAAUCAACGAAACGCUUCGCAAAUAUCCACCGGUUGAGACGCUCACACGCAAACCAUCGCACGAUUAUGUUAUUCCCGGCACUAAACAUGUCAUACCAGAAGGAACGAUUGUGCAGAUACCGAUUUAUGCUAUCCAGCGUGACCCGGACCACUAUCCCGAUCCCGAACGGUUCGAUCCGGAUCGCUUCACGCCGGACGAGGUGAAGAAGCGACAUCCGUACGUGUUUGUGCCGUUCGGCGAAGGGCCACGCAUUUGCAUCGGGCUGCGAUUUGGCGUGAUGCAGACAAAGGUGGGCUUGAUAAAUUUGUUGCGCAAAUUCCGCUUCUCCCCGUCAGCGCGGACGCCCGAGCGGGUGGAGUUCGAUCCGAAGAUGUUCACACUGUCCCCGAUAGGUGGUAACUAUCUGAAGGUUGAAAAAGUCGUGUAGUGUUGUUGAAGUGGGAUGAUAUUAAUAUUUUACGGUAA